AUGUCCGUGUUACUUCCGCGUUGAGCUCACCUGUUCCACCUGUAUUACUGCGCCUUGCUGUAGGUGCGACUCCUGCUCUGCCGGUGCACCUGUCGCCAUUGUGCCAUGACGGAGCAGCUCAUAACCUGCGAGUUAACAUGCCCGUCUUCGCCGACUAAGCCGGCGGAGAAGACUUUAUAUUGCGUGAAACAUACGGAUAUGGAUAUUGAGCAGCCUAUUUUCUCGGUGUUGAGCGGCGGAGUGAAGCAGCAACAGAAGGAGCAGGAGGAGGAGGAGGAGGCGAGCUCACCCUCUGCGACCACCGCCACCGAUACCGAGUCCGGGAUCUUCUCCGGGGAGUGUGAGCUCUGUGUGGAGCAUGAGUCCGAGCUGGACUGGUUCUGUGGCACCGAGCAGAGGCUUAUUUGCUCUCACUGCGCCAUCGUGGGCCCCUGCCACGGACACACCGUGACCCCUCUGGCCACCAGAGUAACCGCAGUCAGGAACCAACUGGUGGAUGUGUGUGAGAAAAUGCAGCUGCAGGCACUGAGGAUUGAGAGGUUUAUCGAGCAGACGCUGACAGCCAAAGAGCAAAAGCUUCAGGUGGCGGCGAGCACAGCGCGGGAGCAGGUUGUGGCUCAGGUCAGCGCAGCACGUGAGGCCCUGGAGGAGGAGGAACAGCGUCUCUUGGAGGAGGUGCAGAGAGAGGAGGAGCGGGUGGAGCAGUGUCUCCUCACUCAGAGAGCCCACUGGAGACAGGCUCUGGAGAAUCUGACGCAAACACGCUCCAGCCUGGUGCACACGCUGACGCACACUCCAGACGCACAGCUGGUGACUAGUUGCCAAGAGAUAGCUGAGAGGGUGGAGGAGGCAGAGGGGGUUGGAGAGCCCUGUGACACUGACCAGCUCAAUCUGAACCCAGGCUGCAGUGACAGCAAGCUGCUGAGAGGUCUGUGGGCCUCUGCAGUGCUGCUGGGGCCAAAUGCUUAUGGAUCAUCUAAUUUAAAGUUUGAUGAGCGUACAGUGAGCCCUCUACUGUCCUUGUCUGACGACUUCUGCACUUUGACCUUCCAGCACAAAAAACCCCGCCAACCGGUACCCUACGACCCCGCACGCUUCGACUGCUGGCCCAACGCGCUGGGUUCGCUGUCCAUGUCCUCCGGCACCCACAGCUGGGUGGUGGAUGUGGGUCAGAGCGGUGCGUUUAAGGUCGGGGUCUGCUACACUUCUCUUGGCCGCAAAGGCUCUGGUAACGAGGCCCGGCUCGGCCACAACAGCCAGUCGUGGGUGCUCUCCCACUAUGACGGUGACUACUCCUUCUGCCAUGCGGAGAAGAAGGUGCCCCUGCAGGUGGCGAGGAGACCCCAGAGAAUCGGCCUGCUGCUGGACUGGCCAAGUCGCACGCUGUUGUUUUACGAGCCGGACUCCAUCGCCGUGCUGUACUCUGUCUCACAUAACUUCAGUGCUCCGCUGCUGCCGGCGUUUGCUGUGACUGACCGCAGUAUCACCAUACUGCACUGACACAUUCUGCCAAAACACUAAAUGACCUUAAACAUGUGAAGAAACGCCUUUCUCUAAUGUAAAUAUGAUCAGCAGCUGAAGUUCCUCCACCUGACUGUGCAGAUAUCAAAGGCAUCAAUUUUCUAUUUAUUAGCUAUUCCAUCAGUAGCUGAUGGUUAUUUUUUUAAUGUUAUUAUUAACUCAAAAUUGUCUUAAUUUAGAGAUAAUCAGAUAAUUAUCUGUUGAUCAUAUUAUACAGUUGCGCUGGAACAGUAUUUUGUUUGACUGAUGACUGUUUUUUUAUGUUUUUAUUAUGAUUUUAAAGUUUGAUCUGUGUAAUGAAGCUUCACCAAGACUCUUUAUAGAAAAUAGAAAUACUCAGAUGUAAUUCUGUAUUGAUGGUAUAUACUCAGUAAACAAAUUAUUACAGUUUGACUGUAAUAUUUUCAGACUCUGCAAUAGACAUUUCCAUAAAUGCACAAAGUAUGAUUUAGUAAUCUUCUUUGGAAUAAUAUUUUUCCAGGCCAAACUGAACAGAAAAAGCAAAAACCUUUAAACUUAUUAAACCAUUUUAAUUA